GUAACGGGUCACCGGCGAGACCGACAGAUAUGUUGAGAAAAGACGAAAGAGUUUCAUGUUAUUUGCUUAGGCUUUUAGCCAAACUAAUAAGAGCCGUCUUCACUUUGUCUUUAGUUGUUUUAUUUUGAACAAAGACUCUCUCCGUCUUCCUACCAAAGGUCAUUUCUUUCUCUCACUUUGAUUAGAUUUCUAUCUUCCUCCUUUCUCAGAAAUUCUCAUUCGAUCUUGUUGUUAACGAUGAGGAGGUGCUUCUCCAAAAUUACUGAUUGCUACUUGGGUUUCAAGAAUUCCAACUUCUUCUUGGUUGGUUCUGAAGUUGGGUCAGGUUCAGUUACAAGAACCAUUACUACUACUAGUGAGCGUUCAUUUAGCACUAGUUAUGCAGCUCAUCAAGUUGAUCAGACCAAAGACAGUCCUGUCUCUGACAUGUUGAUUGAUUCUUUUGGUCGGUUACAUACCUACUUGAGAAUAUCUUUGACAGAGCGGUGUAACCUCCGGUGUCAGUAUUGUAUGCCUUCUGAAGGUGUGGAGCUUACUCCUAAGCCCCAGUUGUUGUCACAGUCUGAGAUUGUUAGGUUGGCUGGUCUUUUUGUUUCUGCUGGGGUUAACAAGAUUCGGUUGACCGGUGGUGAGCCUACCAUUAGGAAUGAUAUCGAAGAGAUUUGUCUCCAGUUGUCUAGUUUAAAAGGGUUGAAGAAUCUGGCUAUUACUACCAACGGUAUCACUCUUGCGAAAAAGCUACCUAAGCUUCAAGAAUGCGGGCUUGAUUCGCUAAAUAUUAGCUUGGAUACUUUGGUCCCAGCAAAGUUUGAGUUUCUGACUAGGCGUAAAGGGCACGAUAGGGUUAUGAAAUCGAUUGAUACUGCUAUUGAGCUUGGAUACAAUCCUGUGAAAGUCAAUUGUGUUGUCAUGAGGGGAUUGAAUGAUGAUGAGAUUUGUGAUUUUGUGGAGUUGACACGCGAGAAGCCAAUCAAUGUUCGGUUCAUCGAGUUUAUGCCAUUUGAUGGAAAUGUUUGGAACGUGAAGAAACUUGUGCCUUAUGCAGAAGUGAUGGAUAAAGUGGUCAAGCGCUUUCCGAGU